AAUGACAUGGGCAUGCAACAGUGUCGCUCGACGAAGGUCCAGAUUCUGGGCGCCCCCCAACUCCGGGUGGAUCCGCCCAGCGUGACACUGUUCCGUGGCCAAUCGCUGCUGGUUCGGUGCCUCUCUCAGGAUUCUCUGGAUCAGCAGUACGGCACUCUGGGUUACAGUUGGACCAAAAACGGUGCCCUCUUCCAGUCCGAUCCGAACGUCGAGAUGUGGGAAGAUCUCUAUCCAGACGGGAGCAUCCUGAAGGUGAAAAAUGUACAGAAAUCGGUGGUGUACACCUGCAUCGUAUCGAAUUCGGUGGCUCCGAUCAGCAAAAGUGUCCACGUGACGGUGGUGGAACCGGGUUCGGUGACGUUGUGCCCGAAAAAUGCCGACUAUGGAGUAAGCUGGCCUGCGAGUGCUGCUGGACCGGCUGUUCUAGCGGAUUGUCCGAAACGUGGCGAUGGACAGGCCAAGCGGAUUUGCGAGCAGCGCGACUUUGGACGUCCGGAAUGGCUUAUGCCGGACUUUUCCGAGUGUGUUCCGGAUGCCGUCGUGGAGAUUGAGAAUGAGUUCCGGGGGCUUACUUUCGGCUAUCAGAAAACGAACGGAACCAGCGUGCUGCAGUCCUGCCUGAACUACGCCGAGAAGCACUAUUCCGGAUUCUUGCCGGGAGAAGGAGGCGUCAUGCUCGGUUUGCUGCACGAGAUUUUUCGCUACAUCGAAAACACCGGAAGCCAACACGAGCAGGAAGUUGCAUCGGACAUCAUUCUGCGGGUGGUGGAUGUGGUGAUGCAGAAUAAAUUAUCACUCAACAAUCAACAGCAAAUCAAACAACUCCAGGAUCUGGUCCAGGCGGCAGCUCUCAACCGGGAAACGACAAUGGCCGCCCCGAUAUCGUCGUCCUCCUCGAUGUCCUCUCCUUCGGGUUCGUCGCCGGGCUCGUCUUCCAAGGUCUCAAUGGCCGCGGCCACAACCGUCACGCAUCAGCUCAACUCGUUCUAUCUCUACACCGAAUCCGUCAAAGGGCUGCCGUUCAAUCUGCAAAUCUACGGAGAUCAACUGUAUUCGGAUCAGCUGUACAUGGAAAUGGACGUGACGAACUCGCUGCUGGACAUUGUUUCGAACGGAACCGUCCUGGUGACUGUCAUUUCCUACAAAAAUCUGACCGCCUUCCUGCCCCGGUUCUAUUUCGCCAAAAACAGCUUUGGAACCGAUAUAGAUUACAUCCCGGCUUCGAAGAUAAUCUCCACAUGGUUGUACUACGCUAAUCGGACCGGCUAUGAACCCACAAAUCGACCGCUCCACGUGCCCCUCGAAUCGGCCCACGUGGAAAUAAUCUUCCAGCACGAAAACUCGCCGACAAGCGAAUGGGUUCCUCUUUGUGGCUACGAUGCAAAGGCCACAUUCGAACCGACCUGGAGAACCGACUUGUGUAUCACCGAGAACCUGAUGGAAAAUAUCACCAGAUGCAUCUGCCCUCUUUCCGGUACUUUUGUGGUUUUGCUGGCCAAGAAGAAUUACAACACUUCGGUCACCAAAACGACAGCCCGGCCGAUCCUGGUGAUUGUCAGCUGCGGCUGUUGCUUCCUGCAGUCCUGCGUAGCGUUCGCCAUCAUGCUGCCGAUCCUGUAUCAACGGCGUUGCUGCGUAACGUUCCUGAAGAUGCAAUUCUGUUCCGCCACCUCGAUGGCCAUGGCCAUUUUCAUCCUCGGGCUGUUGCAACUAUUCCCUCAGGAAUGGUUCAACGUGGUCAUCGCCUUGCUCACCGCCUUUUUGCUGCUCAGUUCAUCAACCCUGGUGGCCAUCACGGUGCUGGUCACGACCGAGCUCGGACCCCGCAAACUGACUGCCGCAGCCGGCAGUCUGGCCACCGGAAUCUCCGGCAGCAUCGGACUGAGCUGGUUUCUGCCGGUGCUCUGCGCCGCCACGACGCCCCUCGUCUACAGCGUCCUUUUCGAGUCGCCGGCCCACUGGUGGCACACGGCCGAUUCGUUCGGUUUCAUUCUGCUGGUUGUCAUCGAAUCGCUGUUUGUGAUUCUUUUCUUGCUACUGUUCCUGACACUGAUGAAAAAACUUUUGUACCUCGCCAAGAAGCACGACAAACACAACACAUCGAUCCUCAGACGGAUAGGGCUGCUGUACCGGACCGCAAUGCUGUUCUUGUCCAACGUCCUGUGCCACACUUUCUACUUGGUGUACUUGAACACCGAAGAUCUGCUCAGUGGUUACAUCUUCAGCGCCAGCAGCAUCAUACUGGGAUUCUGCAUCCUCUUCAGCUUCGUGAUAAAAGCCGAAGUGAAACAUCAGUCGGAGUCGACCAGUAGCAAAUCAAGUACCAAAAAUAGUUUAGACGACAACUGUUGCUCGGGAUCAAUAAAUAGUCCAUUAAGCUUUUAUACUUCACAGGAUCUAGAUAAAGAUAACGAAUGCCUCCCGUCCGGGGGGAAAACAACGAAAAUCCAGCUGACAAUACUACCCUCACCGCAUCAGAGCCAGCAUCAGCAGCAGGUCCAACAGGUGCAGCAACAUCACUCGCAACAGCAUCAGCAGCAACAACAGCUACAGCAACCGCAUCCCGGACAUAUCACCACCAUCCAUGAGCCGUGCAUCCAUGGCGAUGGACUGAGCGUGGAAACCUAUCUGGGAACGGCGUCAGCUUCGGGUCCCAGCAUCUGCAACAUCAUGGCCCACGAGUACGAGAACGCGGCAGCACUGUGCAAUUUCGCUGGAGCAACACAGCAACGAUGCUGCGACCUGGCGAUGGCCACCAUUGUUCCCGGUACUGGACAACAACUUCAUCCGUCACCGGCAGCGAACAUCAUGGCCGCCACCAUCUGUGGGACUCUGCCGGAGAAUCCUAGCAUUCUAUCAACGACGACGACGGGCCCGGGUGUCUCCAAAAGUUGCACCGGAGGCAUCGGCGGAGGAAUUGACACGGGUGCCGUUGUGGCCGGUCUCGCGAUUGGACAGUUUGAUUGGCACCAACAACAGCAACCGAUUCAGUGCGGCGGCACUGUCAUCUAUCCGGGGGCGGUGGCGACCGGGAUGGGAACUCUCACAAAGUGUUACGUUACUCAGCAGCAGCAGCAGCAACAACAACAACAACAACAACAACAACAGAUGCCGACGGAAACGACCGAGUUUGUGGGCGUCGGCGGACUUGACAUAUUGAAAGGCGUCGGUCAAGACAGCAUAAUAGGCAUCCGAAGCAAGGCGCUGGAGACGACCCUGGAUCCAUCGUCAGGCCUGCACCUGGCGAUAUCAUCGGCACCCGGGUGCCCUCUUCAGCAGCACCCCCCGCCACCGACGACGCCACCAUUUCCGGUGCCGCAGCAGCUUGUUACCGCACCGGUCAUCGUGGAACAUCAUCAAGCUGGAGCCGGUGGUGGUGGGGGCGGCCAACAACCAGUGACGCCGGUCAUCACCGUAACGGGAACCGACGAGCAUCCGGAUCGCCGGAUGCUGGAUCGAAUCUCCCACGAUCUAGACUACCUACUGAAUCGUACCUCUGAGGUGCCUACCGUAGUACCUAUCCAGCUGCGGCAAACGGGCAGUGUUAGUAACAAUAGUUGUAGUAACAAUAGCGCUAGCAGUAAUAGUAGAACGAAUAACAACAGCGGCAGUAAUAGUGGUGGUAGCAGUAGUAGUUGUAGUGGUAAUAACAGUAGCAGUAGUAGUGGAGGUAAUUGCUCUACCACUACCAACAUUGUAGGCGGAGGACAAUCGAGUGAUAGUUGUACGCCGGCACCGGUGGGGAGUGGCCAGCAGAAAGCUCCGCUUCCCCCUCCUCCUCACAUUCCGACCUGCCACAGUGUUCACGAAGUUAUUAUCGAAGAGUCUGAAGAAUCUGUAGAUAGCUAAAUGUCACUUUUCGUACCACAUAGUAAAAGAUUCUUUUCUUUUUAUCUUCGAAUAUGAAGUUUAUUUUUCUUUUUAGCCAAAGAGCUCUGUUCUGUUGAGUGUAAAACAUGAUCAUUGCUAUGUUAUGACUGGUAAAACGAUAAUGCGCGGAUUACACAAGCAUUCUGUAAAAAAAAUUCUCUACAGUUUCCACAAAACUUGAGAUUCUAUUAAAAAUUUAAGAAUCCUUCCAGUAUAGAUACUCAGGUACUUAAUAGACAGCUACUUUAUGGUCUAAAGGGUGUUUUUAUCCAAAAGUAGUCAAACUAAAUUGCGUGUAAAUCGAUUAUUUGUUUAUCAAAAAAAAAUCAAAGUAUCUUUCUUUUUGAAGUUCAAUCUGCAUAUUUAAAAAACGGAAAAAAUACUCAGUUAUAUAAGAUUCAGGUCGACCUAGUCCAAAUUGGCGAGACUUUUGUUUGAAGUAUGUCAUCAGUUGUACAGUCCCCUUAUUCACUUUCUUCGGCGCGGAACGCCAGUUUGCUUUGAACUACUUCUCGUUGCUUACAGUUUUUUGGGUCUUCUUUCGGUUUUGCUUAACUGUCGUCCAAUAUUUUUCGAGAAGUUCUGGUGUGUUGGGAGGAUUCUUGUCCUUGGGCACAAUCUGAACGUUGUUAGCGGCAUACCACUCCAUGGCCUUUUUUCAUAAUAGCAGGAUGCCAAAUCCGGCCUAAAAAGCACCGACAAGUUAUGUUUUUUUCAGGAAAGGCAGCAAACGCUAUUGAAGCCACUCUUUUACGUAAACUUCCUGGUUGGUGGUCCCGGCUGCAACGAAAAUUUCGCUUAACAAGUCUCAGGUACAGAUAGCUUCCCAAACGAAAAAGUUCUUGGCAAACUUUGUCUGCCACCUUUCCCCUUCCUGUUGCUGUAAAAUGCUCUGGUCCAAGAAGCUGUCUGAAAUCUGCCUUGGCGUGGGUUUCGUCGUCCAUUACCACGCAAUCAAUCUUUGUCAACAAUGUCGUAUACAGCUUCUGCAAUCUUGUUUCCAUUGCGAUUGGCAGUCACUACCUUCUUAUAAGUCGAUAGUCCGGUUCGGUUUUAAGCUACAUGCACGGUUGUGAUGAUAUUUCCAACUUAUUGGCGACAUCACAAACGGAGAGAUUGGAGUUUCGCUUGAAUAUGCCAACCACUCUUUUGCUCGCCAAUGCGGCUCCCGAAUUUCGAUUUCCUCCAGAUCUCGGCUUCCUUGUUGUCGAAACACGUUCCCCAGGCACUUUUAUUACUUUGGUGACGGAUUAUUUCGCCACAUUCAACGAUUUUGCUAUUUCUGCGUGCGUGUAGUGUGGAUUUAACGACGCAUGUACAAAAAUUUUAUUCGUAGCUCCUCUUGCUUGGACUCCAUUUUGAAAACUAAAGACCCUAAUGUCAAAAGUCAAAUAGAAGCUUCAUUCUACACACACGCUCAUACAAAAUGAGGGGUGUUCAGGUUUUUUAUAUGAGUGUUUAGAAAAAAAUACGCCAAAUAUAAGUUGACCACUUUUUGAUCCGAAUACCCUUCAAAUAUGUGUAUCGUAUAAAAAAUUAUUUUUGGAAAUGCGUACUUGCAUAAAAAGCUCCUUUUGACUCGGGUGCUCGUUAUGCCCCUGAUUUGUUGACUUAGUUUGCUCAAAAAUAAUUUUUUUUUAUUUUCAAACGACCCAUUAAAAACAUCAAUUUUUAUGGGAAUCAGAUUUUUUCGUAUUCCAUAGGCCCCUAAAUUUAUGCAUUACCUUGAAGUCCUCCUUGAGCAUGGAUGUAGAAGAUGGAAAAAUUGAACCUGGCCUUGAUUUAUGAAAAUAAAAAAUAAUAGGUAAAUGAACGAAAAUUAAUGUGUUAUAAAUUUGUUCGAAAAUUUUUUAUCCAUUAUCCUGUAUUUUUUUAUCCUGAAUCUAAAAGUUGACUAAAGGAGCUGGUUUGAUCUGAAAUAUUAGGAAUGUAAUCCACAAACUGUUCCAAUUUAUUCCAUUUAACAGCAUCGCUUGUCUUAUAAUUCAAUGUUUUGAAAUGCCUCAAAUAUUUGUGUUUUGGUUAACACUUUCUUAUUUUCAGUUAAUGAUUAGCGGUUGGCGUUUUGAAAAAGAUAGCGUUAACGCUAGCUUUGAUCUAGUUAACGUUUUAUUCAAAAAAAAGGGUAAGUCAAACAAGUAUCAAACGGUUUUGAGUUCUUUUUAGGCCCAAAACAACUGUGCAAAUUUUGGUGGCUCUAGGGUUUGAAAUGGGCUGUAGCAAAAAUUCAAAGUUUUGUAUGGAAAUUAGUGUAGAAAAAGUGACUAUAAGUGAUUUUAAAAUUGAAUUAUUUUAUUUCAUUUUUGAAAUCUUUUUAAAUGGCACCCCUGAACUCAAUGUGGUACAGGAGCCAUUAUACGUUGGAAACUAGCCGGCGUGUUUUCGCAUAUGCAGUAGUGUUUUCGUGGCAUUCGGUUGGUUCGAUUGUUGUGAAAGUUUGUAUAGCGGGUUUUUGGGCCGAAAAUUGUUUCUUAUCUUACCCCUCCCACCUCGGAAAGGGAAUUACUAUUUUAAAACGGCAUAAAAUAUCAAACAAAUCUAUCACGUGAUUUAUAUAAAUAUAUUAUUAUUUUACAUGAUUUUCCGUCUCACGACAUAACCAGAUGAACAAUAUUCCUCAAUUUCACAUAGCCAGAUCACAUUCCACUUUGUCUAACCCCUUCGCUCGUUGCAUCCCUACUUGUCUCAUUCCUCCUCGUUGAAUCUUCAGCAAUAAGAUGCAACUUGAAGAAUUUGAGUUCAGUGCAACAAUGAGGCUGUAGGUAUUUUUGAACAAAAAGUCACUUUUUCCAUACUAGUAUCCAUACAAACUUUGAAUUUUUUGCUGCAUCCCAUUUCAAAUCCUUGAAAUGGAACUUAAAUCCGUUCAACAUUUUUAUUUGUUUAUUUAUUUAGUCUUUCAGACAUGUUUAAACAUAACAAAAGAUACUAUCUUAUUCUACUUUUGACCUCCUCUGAAAUAUGAAAAUCAAAGUUACUAACUAUUUCAUUGAAACGAGCACAACAUGUAUCCAAAGGGUUGUUUUGUCCGUAUCGGGUUCGUCUAGUAGUAGGUCUGAGGAAUUCCUGCGUCCGAGUUGAUCUUACAGGAGCGUUAAACGGAAGUAACGACAACAAUUCUGGACAGUCCACAUUAUUCUGUAGAAUAUCGAAGAUAAAGAGCCGUUAUAGGUGAAUGCGCCUUGAUGCCAGCGUUUGUAGAUUCAGCAACAAGCAGCGCUGUUCGUACGGCGGGAGGUUCAAGGCAUCGUUCCAUGGUAUCUGGCGCAGAGCAUAUCUGAGGCAACAUCAUUGUACGCUUUCGAUUCGGUUUUUUUUUUAGUUGGUAACCACAGGUGGUAAAUCCCGGUUUACGGAUUUUAUUCCAAGGCACGGCGAGUCACCGCGUCCCCCCAGUUUGCUACUCUGGGUCCAUGAGUACAAUGGGAAGACUCAUGAUAUACUCCGUGUAUACCCCCUACUCCCUAAACUCCACCUGGGGCCGCAGACCUGGUUCCCACCACGAACUGUUUAGUACACUAUACUUCAAUAGUGGGAGGUCUAUUCGCGCUAAUGCACUCUAAGGCAAUACUCAUUAACGAGACCACUUUCAGCGAAGCCUCUCAUCCUUACGACUCGAUGCCUGAACUCUCCUCUAACGACUUGAGAACCGACAUCUCCUCGCAAUGACUCGAGAUUCUUACAGAAACCUCUCCUCUUCGCGACUUGAGGCCUGAUCUCUCCUCUAACGACUCGAGAUCCGACCCCUCCUCGCAUCGAUUCGAGGUUUACCUCUCCUCUGCACGAUUUAAGGCCCGAUCUCUCCUCUAACGACUUUAAAUCUGACCUCUCUUCGUAAUGACUCGAGGUGACCACUUGUACCCCUCCUCUUGUUGAUAAGGGGCCUGAUCCCUCCUCUUACUCGGAGUUGACCACACAAACCUCUCCACCUGGAGGUUUGAGGCCUGACCUCUCCUCUAGCGACUCGAGGCCCGACCUCUUAUUAUCAGGGUUCGAGGUUUGCCACCUUGCCCGUCGUGUGCCUGAUCGAGAGCAGCUUAUCCUAGACUCGCGCCUGUCACGGCACACGCGCGGGACUUAACGCAACGACUCGGAUGAUUCCCGACGAAGACGUCAUCCUACUCCGACUCGAAUGGCUCACCCGGCGUCGAGAGCCACUCUACCCGUGGGUAUUCCCCGAACGUGGAAUAACCCUUUUUCAAACGAUUUUCAUUGCGAAGAAGGUCAAGUCUUAUCCCCGCAGCUUCUGUCGUUGAGAACCGCCCUACUCGGAUACUCCCCGAAGGUGGAGCAUCCUACGCACGAACGCGGCGCACCCACGGCAUCCGCUACGCAGAAGGUAUUGUCUUAUCUUUGUAGCUUCAAACCGUGGGGUCAAACGCACUCUACUCGACAGCCCCCCGUCGAUGGGGUCAGUCUACUCCGACCGUUGCCCGGUCUUCUCUAUACCCCUUGGCUGGCAACCCUAGGAUUUUUGGUCCGCGGAUUUUCCUGCCCGUUGUGUGCCAGAUCGAGAGCAGCUUGUCCUGGACUCGCGCCAGUCACGGCACACGUACGGGACUUGGAACGCUACGACUCGGAUGUUUCCCGACGGUGACGACAUCCUACACCGACUCGAGAGGCUCGCCCGGCAACGAGAGUCUCUCUACCCGUGGGUAUCCGACGACAGUGGUUAACCCAAGACUUUCGAUUCGGUUUGCCUUUACAACCUGGUAUGCAGCCCAGAUUUGCACUCCGUACUCGACGAUGUUGCGUACAAGAGCACAAUAAAGUGCUUUUAAGCUGUAGUAGUCGUUGAAAAAUUGCGUGUUUCGUCGAAUGAAGCGAAGAACCGCCAAGCCCUUAGCUGUUGUAGUCGAGAUAUGCUGCGAGAAAGUGAGCUUGGUGUCCAAAACUAUGCCAAGGUCCUUGACGAUGGCAUUGCGGCUUAAGGUAGUCGAUGACGUUUUGUACUCGAAGUUCAAAGGUUGACGUUUACGAGUGAAAGAGAUGACACCACGUUAGAAUUGAAUCAAUGUCUUUUUGAAGAGCACAGCAGUCAACUAGUGAAACUAUGAUACGAAAAUUUUUUAGAUCGUCGGUGUACAACAACUUCUCCGAUUCAAUGAUAGCGCAUAGAUCGAUGAUAAAAAGAACGAAGAUCAAAGGUCCCAGAUGAUUUCCUUGUGGAACUCCAGAAGUGAUUCGAAAAGCCGUCGAAUUCACGUUGUUUAGUCGUACGUAAGCAGUCCGGUCUACGAGAUAAGAGUUGAUCCAUUUGCAAAGCCAAUCAGGUAAUCUUAUCCGAAGCAUUUUUUUCGAUGACAAAUUUGUGCGGUACUCUAUCAAAAGCCUUGCUCAAGUCUACAUGAACUGCAUCGACUUGUUGACGUUUGUCCAGCCUAGCAACCAACUUCGAAACGUACGUCAUAAGAUUGGUGGUCGUAGAUCUACGUUUCUUGAAUCCAUGUUGAUCUUCAGAAAUACAGUGAUGCACUGAUUGAUAAAGUACGUCAUAAACGAGGCUCUCGAAUACAUUAGGCAAACAGCUUAAAAUCGAAAUUCCUCGGUAGUUUUCCACUCGAUGCGAGUCGCCGGAUUUGAGGAUUGGAGUGAUCGAUGCGAAUUUCCAUGCGAUGGGAAAAGUACCUUCCAUUAACGAUUGGUUAAAAAUGAUCGAAAUCGGUACGGAUAACGGAUCGGCGCAAUAAUUAAACAGAAUUGGAGGAAUGCCAUCUGGUCCAGGUUCUUUUGUUUCAUCUAACGUAGACAGCUUUCGGAAGACGUCGUUCGAGGAGAACUUCAGCAGAGGAAGGUUGAAGUCACGAUUCGGCAAGACCCGAAUUUUUUUACCCGAUUCCAGUCUAGUGAGCAUCCACUUAUUGAUAAACUCUUAAAAGUUUUUUAAUUCACAUCAGUCCUUUAAAUUGAGCUACAGAUAUGUCUCUGAUAACAGUUCUGUUUAUGUCCUGCCUAAAUGAUGAUUUUAGUACAGGGUGGUAACGUGAAAAUGAUACACUUUGUUUAUUUCAUAAAACUCAAACGACUUUUUAUUUCUCUUCGGAAUCGAUUUCAAAAUCAUCUACAUAUAAGUAGUAAAAUCAUAAACUAAGUACUUGAGUUCAAUUUCAAAUAGCGAUAGAUUGGUCUUUUUAAUUAAAGACGCAAAUGCCUAAAAUACUCGUCUUGUUUUAUUUUUAUCUGAAUUGCCCCAACAUGAAAGCGUAAGAGACAGUGUCAAAUAAAUGUUAAAGUCUCCCCUACAGUAGAAACAACAACAAAAAUUCACCCCUUAAUAAGACUAUUAAACUGAAAGUCUUACAUGUGGCCUGUCUUGCCGGCAAAGGAGACCCAUGUGUUACACCGGGCCCGCAGUCAGUGUGAAUCUCAAUUUGCCAGUAAUUACAUUCUAUUUUUACAAGAUUGCUUUCCCACCACAUGACAAGAUCGACAGCGGAAAUCCCUUCAGUUUUAUAGAAGGAAAAAGGCAAACGCGCACCGUGUCCUCUGCCUCCAGCCAUAAUCGUAAAUCGAUUAAUUUUAGUUGAACGUAACCUUUUCCGGCGAGCAACGAAUAUGGUGGUGUGCAUCUUUGGCGUCGGGAGCUUCUCUUUUCGUCGGUUCCUGAGCCCCUAGACGGGUUGAAAUUAUGUAAUCCCCCGGUGGCCAAAAGGUGGCGGCAGCAUAUUUGCCGGGUUAUUGUGUACGGUUAAUUAAAAUCUACAUACUCCCGGUAGCGAGUGAAGGGGCUCACGAAUUUGAUGUAGUUAUUAAAAUUCGUUAGAAUAUUACCACCCACGUUAUCUGGUGUAGGUCGGCGAGGUUGUGUUGCACGUGGGUAGCUUCAAAUGAACUGAUACCUAGAGUUUUCUGGAUCUGAAUCCCAAGUUCAUAACGGAAUUUCAAAUAGAUACAGUUUUUUUAAAUACAGCUAAGAUCAGAAUAUCACAUAGUAGGUAGUUUAACUCAUAUGUUGCACUGCAAUUAACAAUUUCUAAAAAUUAACUGAAAUUUAGCAAGAUCUUUUCCUUACAAUCUCAGUUCUUACUUGUUUCAUGUACGUUGAAAUUGAUUCGAUUUUUGACGGUCGCCAUAUAAAAGGUAUCAUGUUAACAUCACCACAUCAUCAGCACUCUUUGAUUCUGUUGUGCGAUUUCCUUUCUGGUCACGUUGUACGAGGAUAAUUCUUCUUGUAUGGCGACCGUCAAAAUUAAACGAUUAUUUUCAUCUUACAAUCAGUUUCUCGAUGAAAACAAAUCUCGGGGCGGAGACUACAAAGACUUGCAUAAUAUGCAAUAUAUUCUCGAGACGGAUCCAUCCUAACCCUCCGGAUGUCGUAAGAGCUUUUUCUUACGAAUCCAUUCCCUUGAACGUCUCAUCCAGCAGUUAUUAACCGGAUAUAUGAUGACUUGUUGCUGAAGCCUUAGCUACGCUACAACUGCAGAACGACCGUGCACCCAAGGUGGCUACCAUUCAUGCAUACGUACAUCUUACUAUCAGUUUUUCCAUUUAAAAAUUGCUUCGGAAGUUGAUGCUACUAAAAAAUUAAGAAUAAUAUUUCCAAAAACUAAAAAUUCGCAGAAUGAACGAUAAUAAUACACAAACCCUAGAAAUCACAAGUUUAACGAUAGAAUUCCAUCUUCAUAUUUAUUUACAUUGACAAUUGAAUUGGACUUUAAAAAACAAGUGUUUAUAUUUAAAAAAAAAAAAUGACGACGUAAUAUAACACGUCCGCUUGAGAAAUUUAGAUGAAUAAAAAUCGAAAUGUUUUGCACUCAAGAAACAGACGCUGUGCAUUCCAAUUAAAGUUCAUUUAUUGUUAUGUUUCAACACAAACAGAUUUACGGCAAAAUAGAUGGAAAUAUUUUGUAAAUCAAUGCUCUCUAUUUUUGAGAAUAGCUAAACAAACCUCUGUAAAUACCAUUAGUCCAUUUUGUACAAAGAAACUCUAGAUAAACAAAAGCAAGCAAGGCAUUAUUAGAACUGUAUAGUAGAAUCUUUAAAGAGGAGAACAACACUCACUGCUGUUCUAAUUUGUAAAAACCUGUAAAGAGGAACCUGUUCAACAUUUUUCUAUAAGCGUUUUGAACGAAUCGAAUAUUUUUCCAAUCUCCUUGUUUCUCGUACAGAGAAAUAAACAUCUAAACGAUCAAAAACCAAUUUCACACCUAUACACAAAACCAUUGAGAACAAAUCAACCGAACUAAAAAUGUCUAAAUGCGACAGUCGCGUUGGUUCCAUUUUUUCUACAUAUAAAACUCUAUUGAGUGGAUCGCGAAACUGUCUUGCAACAAAAAUUGCGCAAAAAUUGGCAAAAACUAAAUUAAAUUAAGCAUUUUGUGCUCUCAUCUACCAGAAAAAAAAACGAACAAACAAAAAUCCAUCUAACGAAACUGAUUAUAAAACUGAAC